AUGCUUUUAAGAGAUGAUGAAGAUGAUGAUUCGGAAGGAUUCGAUUAUAGUCCUUUUCAAAUACGGAUUGAUAGUGAAGAUAAAGUCUCUACUACAUACAGGGAACUCAAAUCUCUUCAUGAGAAGAUUGAUCAACUACUUCUCGCAUCCACAGCCUCCACCUCUGCAGCUUGCACCAAAUCUACUGUUGAAUCAAUCUUGGAGCGGGUAACAAAGGAACACUUUGCCAAUGACCCCACUUUAUCGAAGGCAGUUUCAGAUUCUAGUGAUGUCUCCAAGGCAACGACCGAAAAAACUGAUAAACUAAUUGUAGAUACAAUGGAAUUCAUGGAGGAUUACAAGACUACUUAUAACUCCAACACUGUAGCUGCGAACAAGGCAAUUCAGAACGUUGGUCUUUUAUUCCAAAAUGAAAAUGUGAACUUUGUUGAGCUUCGCAAGGCACUUAAGUCCGAUCAUUAA